AUGUCUAACCUUGAAGCAACCCAGCUGUUCUCGGUCAAAGAUCGAGUUGUAGUCAUCACAGGUGGAGGCAGUGGUCUGGGUCGCAUUGUAGCUAAAGCUCUAGCGAUAAACGGUGCCUCAAAAAUAUUCGUCCUCGGCCGUCGCGAGGACGCACUCCGUGAAACAGCUUCCCAAGCCGGCCCCAAAGUAAUCCCAGUCGCUUGUGAUGUGACGUCCAAAGAGUCCCUAGAGGCAGCAUACCAAGCUGUCGCAGCACAAACCAGUCAUGUGGACAUCCUGUUCGCGAAUAGCGGUACCUUGGGUUCCAAAGUGAUACCCAAGCCCAAGGUAGAUGGCUCCCUGCACUCUUUAUCCGAGAUCCGAGAUGCGCUACUUGCACUCCCGAUGAAAGACUUCACAAAUGUGUUGAACGUCAAUGUGACAGGUGCCUACUAUACUGUCGUUGCGUUCCUGCCCUUGCUGGAAGCGGCUAAUCAGAGACGUCCUGUUCCUCGGCCGGGCGUUCUGUCUCCACCAACAGCACAGGUCAUCAUCACUAGCUCGAUUGCGGCAUUCAAUCGCAAUGUGCCAAAUAACUAUGCCUACAAUACCUCCAAGGCUGCCGUAACUCACCUUGUCAAGAGCCUGUCUACGAACUUUUUGCCAUACCACAUUCGUGUCAAUGGCAUCGCUCCUGGAUUGUAUCAUACAGAAAUGUCUGAUUCCAUGUUCAAAAAUAUAGAUGUCGAUGGUGGCAUUUGGGAUAAUUCGGUACCAGCAAACUUAAUUCCUCUGACUAGAUCGGGGAGUGAGGAGGACUUUGCUGGCUUAUUUAUUUGGAUGGCGAGUGCUUCGGGUGGCUAUAUCAAUGGUACGAUUAUAGUUACUGAUGGUGGCCGACUGGGCAGUAUUCCGUCUGCUUAUUAA